AUGUCCUCUGAAGACGUCGUCGAAGUUUUGGUUUUGAGAGGUACCUUGGAAGGCCACAACGGUUGGGUCACUUCCUUGGCUACUUCUCCAGCCAACCCAGAUUUACUUUUAUCUGCCUCUAGAGAUAAGACGUUGAUUGUCUGGCAAUUAACAAGAGAUGAGAACCAUUAUGGUGUUGCCAAAAAGGCCUUGAAAGGUCACUCACACGUUGUCAGUGACUGUGCUUUGACUCCAGAUGGUGCCUAUGCUAUUUCUUCAUCAUGGGAUAAGACUUUGAGAUUGUGGAGAUUGUCUACCGGUGAGUGCAUCAAGAGAUUUGUCGGCCAUAACGGUGAUGUUUUGUCUGUUUCUAUCUCCAAAAGUGUCAGACAGUUUGUUUCUGCUUCUAGAGAUAAGACUAUCAAGGUUUGGAAUGCCAUUGGUGAAUGUAUCGAGACUUUGCAAGGUCACUCUGACUGGGCUUCUUGCGUUAGAUGCUCUCCAAGUGACAAUUCCAUUGUUCUAUCCGCCGGUUGGGACAAGGUUGUUAAGACUUGGGACUUGACUGACGGCUCUUUGCUUGCAGAUUUUGUUGGCCAUAACGGUUACAUUUCUUGUAUCACCAUCUCUCCAGAUGGAUCUUUGUGUGCUUCUGGUGGUAAGGAUGGUGUUAUCAUUUUGUGGGAUUUGUCCUCAAGACAGAUUUUGUACACUUUGAACGCUGGUAAUGAGAUCAAUGCCUUGGCAUUCUCUCCAAACAGAUUCUGGCUUUGUGCUGCUACCAACUCUUCUAUCCAAAUCUUCAACCUUCAAGAGAGAUCUUUGAAGGAUGAAUUGAAGCCUGAGGUUGCUGAGGGUAAGACGCCUAGAUGUAUUUCUUUGGCUUGGUCUUCUGACGGUCAGAACUUGUUCUCUGGUUACACCGAUAGCUUGAUCAGAGUUUGGCAAGUCAUGACCUCUUCUUAA